CUGACGAGUUCACACUUUUACCGUAAGAAGUGGCCGUGGCACUCAUGAAAUACUCUGAGCAUCAGGUACACUUUAAUCCCAUCCCCUAACUAAAAGUGGAAAGAGCUAACUGUUUAUUGAGGAAACAGUUCUGACGUACGGGCUCCUGUAAAAUUUGCGAUUCAUUUGCAAGGUAAAUUCAGCAGCAGUACGUUUGUCAGUAAUAUGAAAGUCACUGCAUGUGGGAGACAGUUCAGUCUCUUUCAAGUAACGGGGAGCAGUUUCUUCAGGCUCAGGUUGUCCUAAAUCCUUAGAAUGAUGUUACCAUUGGAUGUAAAUCACCGUCAGCGGGUGUUUGUGGUGAAGAUUCUGCUUUGCUGGAUGUUCUCCAGGAUUCACACGUGCAUGGACUCAGGGAACAACAACCCCAAAAAUACACUCUUCGUCAGUACCAAUAAUACCUUAACACAUUUUCCAUCAGAGAAGAUUUAUCUUUUGGAGGAAGGAUUACAACUCUGUUUCACCACCAUGUCCACCAACAGAAGUCAAGCAGGCUGUUGUUCAAGCUUUAACUGCAAAUUUGAAGGGCAUCUUGAAGGAGACAAUUACAGCCUGAUCCUGAACUCCAGCACUCUAGAGACGCAAGACAUCGUAUUGAUGAGAGCACUAAAUCUCUCGUGUAUGCCGUCAACUUUGUACUACAAAUCAGGCGUCAGUUAUGGGCCUCCCAGAAACCAAAGCAGUUUCCUUCUAAACAUCCACAACUGCUUAAACAACGGCAUAAGGAACACCAGGCUGAGUGCAGGCCUCUGUAAUAAACACAAAUGUAGCAACAUCCAAGGAAAUUCCAAAACGUACAAGGUCACGGGUGUUCCUGGUAACGUGACAUGUGAGGCAUUUGAGCCAGAAAAACCAACUAAAAUCCCACCUCAACUCCCAUCCUUAAAUGUUUGCGCCCCGGUGAACAGCAACAAGCCAGAAAUAGCAGCAAACAUCAUGAAAAAUCUUUCCUUGUUGCUGAACCAGCUGGGCAACCACAGCACGGCUACGGUCACCAUGGGCGAUAUCAAAGGAGUGAUCACGAAACUUCCGCGGAAAAAUUACACUAAUUUAAAAUAUGGCAUUUUGACAAACGGCGACGUAAAGGUUGUCAACAUCAGCAGUGACACAGCGACAAACUACUCUGUCACUGUGCAAAUCCCUACAGAAGCCAGUGAGAUGGCAGUGAAGGCAAACAGCUCAUUUGCUGGAGUUAUGUUUUUUCCACAAAUUCUUUCGACAGAAACCAGCCUUGAUUUCUAUAGAGAAGUAGUGGGAAUUGAAAUGGAAGCAGAAAUAUUCAAUCUCUCGCAGAAUAUAGAGAUCCAUUACAGCAAUGUGGACACGAGUGGGAGAGUUGCUACGUGCAGGUCAUGGAACGGCACUGAAGAGGGUGACUGGAUCACAGACGGCUGCGAGAAAGUUGAGACCAACGACACCAUUACCUGCCACUGCUCUCAUCUAACAUUUUUUGCCAUACUCCUGUCGCCUCCACCCAGAAACAUAUCCGCCUCCGAUUUUCAAUCUCUCACCUACAUCACAUCGAUCGGCUGUGGCCUGUCAUUGUUUUUCUUGAUAGUGGCUCUCUUCAUGCACUGCGUCCUCGGCAAAGGGAAGAGUCAAACUUCUCAGGUCCUGAUCAACCUCUUCGUUGCCAUGUCCGCCCUCAACUUGUCCUUCUUGACUAAUGAGAGUAUCUCCAACCUGAACAUCUCUGGUGCGUGUGUGGCGAUAGCAGCAGUCAUGCACUACAGCCUGUUGGCCACUUUUACCUGGUUUCUCAUGCAGGCUUUGCACUUAGUCUUCAAUCUACACAGAAUCCCUACUGAAAUCAAACAUUACCUAAUGAAGAUCUGCAUCGCAGGAUGGGUCACACCAGCUCUGGUGGUGAUCAUUCUUCUUUCCUUAAAAAAAUACGGUCCCUUGGCCAUUUCCACAGAUGAUGGAAUCACAAGAACAAUGUGCUGGAUUCCUGAUGCUGAAAUCCACCAGGGGGUGAACAUUGGUUACUAUGCUAUAGUGUUUGUGUUCACUCUGAGCAUAUUUGUCGUAAUUAUCUGGCAAUUUUUUUAUUAUAAGUCUAAUAAUCAGAACGCUGAGGGCAAAAGCUCCACCAAGUCAAACGCUUUCUUCAUUCUGAGCCUGGUGUUCCUCCUGGGCAUUACAUGGGCCUUCGCUUUUUUCAGCUACGGACCAAUUACCCUCGCCUCCUACUAUAUCUUCACCAUCCUCAACUCUUUUCAAGGUUUCCUCCUGUUCAUAUACUUCUACAAGUCCACCAAGCCUGUCCAGCAAGAGAGUAACGAGGAGAGCGCCAGCAGCGCAACCACAUCAAGCUCGGUUAUAAAAUCUCCUUAUGGAUAAACUCUAGAUUGUUCAUGCUUUUGAAACUGUUGGAUUAUUUUGACACAAGAGGGCAGCAUUUGAUUUCAUAUAUUCACAAGGUAGUCUACUGGUAACUUAUUCUUAUUCCAAUGAAAUGCCUCGGCGGACUGAACGAUGAACUACCUUGACCCUAAAUGACUAAUCUGAUUCACCUUCACUUUGUCACAUACUCGAUAAUGACC